AUGAUGAUCGAAGUAUUUUGGGCGAUUGGCACUUGUGUGGAAGUUAUCCUCGCGAUUCUGAUAAUGCCAAAGUACGGUUGGCGUGCUUUGUUAGGAGUUAGCGCGAUUCCACUGAUUCUUUUUACAAUUUCCUGCAGAUGGCUUCCUGAAUCGCCCCGAUACCACAUGCUUUCUGGAAAUCCGGAUAAGGCGCUGCUUACGCUUGAGUCUGUUUGCAAGACGAACGGAAAGCAGCUUCCUAAAGGAAGGCUCCUUACGACUGGAUCUGUUGAAUCUCGCGGAAGCAUAAGCGACUUGCUUAGCCCGCAAAUGAAGAAUACGACUCUUCUUUUGUGGCUCAUUUGGUUCGCAUGCGCUUUUAGUUAUUAUGGAAUCGUCUUGAUGACAACGGAAAUUCUUCAAGAACUCAAGGAAGGAACUUGUGACGCAAAGGAUCAGUGCAGUUUUAAUUGCCGCGAUUUAGACACGGGUGAUUAUAUCGAACUUUUGUGGACUACUCUUGCAGAAUUUCCCGGAUUAAUCGUUACUCUUCUCAUCCUUGAGUAUGUGGGCAGAAAAGCCACGCUUGCAGUUACGAUUUUUGGCUUCGCUAUCUUCACAUUUAUAACCCCGCAUGCCACAUCAGAGAAAGCCACUAUUUUUUGUCUAUUUGCUGCCCGCGCUUUCAUAUCUGGCUCAUUCCAAGCGGCAUAUGUUUAUACACCAGAAGUAUACCCUACAUCAAUGCGUGCGGUUGGGCUAGGAACAUGCAGCGGCUUUGCAAGAGUUGGUGCUCUUAUAACGCCUUUCAUCGCGCAAGUUCUCAUCCGGCAGAGUCAAGUCGCCGCUGCAUCUACAUAUGGCAUCGUGGCUUUGUUUAGUGGGGAUUGGAGUGGGCGGUACUCCACUAUGGAUCAUGGCGGCCCUAAAACGAUCGAAAUACCAAUUCGAAACUCGGAGGAAGUUAUCGAAUUGGAAUGCUCCAGUAUUCCUGAUGCUGGAGAGGUGCUCAACAUUUUGAGCAAUGAGGCCGCCCCCAUGCGCGUCUGGCUCGAACUUGCUCUUGAAUUCUGGCGCCAAGAUCGUCGAGACGAAUUUCAGCAAGUGUUGGAGGAGGCCCGCACGAAAGCAGGAAAGGACUACAUGGGCCACGAAAAGGAUACAAUGAGAUGCCUCGAUACUCUAGCAGCAUACAACGUCAUCUGUGGAAAGCAGGAAAUCGACAAGGAAAAACAAACCAAGUUUUUCAUGGAAGCUACAACUUUGUAUACUCUCGCCGAUAAAGUCAUUAUGUACGACCAAAGCCAUCUCCUCGGGCGCGCCUGCUUCUGCCUCCUCGAUAAAGGCGAUCAACUUGACCAGGCCGAUAAUCAGUUCAAUUUCGUUCUCGAUCAAGAUCCCAACUCCAUUCCAGCGCUCCUGGGAAAAGCCUGCAUUGCCUUCAACAAACGCGACUUCAAAGGCGCACUUGGGCAUUACAAAAAAUGUCUGCGACUGAAUCCUGGCUGUCCAGCUGAUAUUCGUCUCGGAAUGGGUCUUUGCUUCUAUCGAAUGAACAAGCUUGGUAAAGCCGUCGAUGCUUUCACACGGGCGCUUACAAUCAACAAGAGAUGCGUUGGAGCCCUUGUUGGUCUUGCCGUCAUCAACUUGAACCAAAGGGAUAUGACCUCUGUCAAAGAUGCAAUUACUCUCUUUUCUUCUGCAUAUAAAAUCGACAAGAAGAACGCCUUGGUUCAUAUUCAUCUUGCGAACCAUUUCUUUUUCCGAAACGCAAUAGAUAAAGCGCAGCAACUCGCAUUUCACGCUUUGCAUCACACCGAACAUCAGCAAAUUCGUGCGGAAGCGUGCUAUCAGCUCGGCCGGUGCCAUCAUAAGAGUGGCGAUUACGAACAAGCGUUUCGUUACUACAACCAAGCCGCGAACUUUUCAACGCCUAAGUAUGCACUGCCGUAUUAUUAUCUCGGUUGCAUGUAUCUUCAACGCGGUUCUCCCUCUGACAUUGAACAGGCAAUCAUUCUUUUCGAGAAGAUCCUCAAGGAGUACCCUAACGAGCAUGACACUAUGAAAGUUCUUGGUCACUUAUACGCCGACUCGACUGAUCCAGAAAAAUGUGCCCUUGCAAAAACUCACCUAGAGAAAGUGGUUGCUAAUAAUCCAAAAGAUUGGGAAGCGCUCAUUGACUACGCUCAGGUGCUGGAGCAGUUCACUCCAGAGAAAUCUCUUGAAACGUAUCGAAAGGUGAUCGAACUGAUGGAGUGCAUGGGAGUUGAUGUGCGUGCAGAAAUCUACAAUAAUAUUGGUACACUCCAAAUGCGCCUUGGGAAUCUCGAAGAUGCUAAAACGAAUCUGCAGUAUGCUGAAGAUAAAAUCAAGAUACUUGUCGAUGGUCCUGAUUACAUGUACUACAGGAGCCUUCAUAAUACAGUAAAGUAUAACUCCGCUCGAUUGAUGGAAAAGAUGUACAACUUCGACAAGGCGAUCUGGCUCUACAAAGAAAUCGUUAACAAUAACCCCAAGUACAUCGAUGCUAUUCUAAGACUAGGGUGUAUGCAUCGUGACAAGGGCCAAAUCUUCGACGCUUCGGACUUGUUCAAGGAAGGCUUGAACAUUGACCCAGAAAGUCCGGAUGCCUGGAGCUUGAUUGGAAAUCUCCACUUAGAAAAGGGAGAGUGGGGGACCGGACAGAAAAAGUUUGAAAGAAUUCUGAAAGCUGAAAGGACGGCAAAUGAUGCGUAUGCGAAUGUUGCGCUUGGAAAUGUAUGGCUCAAUAUGAUACAUGCACCAGCGAGGGAUCAAAUGAGACUCAAACGACAUCAAGAAAGAGCGUUGACCUUGUACAAGAAUGUAUUGCGUCAGGAUCCAAAGAACAUCUACGCUGCCAACGGCCUUGGAGCUGUUCUCGCUCACAGAGGAUAUACCAGCGAAGCAAGAGACAUUUUCUCACACGUCCGAGAGGCAACAUCUGAAAUGAAAGAUGUGUGGUUCAAUCUGGCGCAUAUCUACGUUGAGCAGAAGCAAUUUUCAAGUGCAAUUCAGAUGUACAAAAAUGCGAUGCGAACAUUCAACUUGCAAUCGGAUCCUGAUUGCCUCACAUAUCUUGCCCGAGCACUGUUCAAGAACAAUUUGAUGGAAGAAUGCAAGCAAUGUCUCAUAAAAGCAAGAAGGGUUGCGCCGCAGGAUACUGUUGUUCUCUAUAACUUGGCGUUGGUUAUGCAACAGCUAGCCGAGAGAAAGCUCAUCGCGUCUAAGAGCAAUCUCAAAGAGGUCGUUUGCGCUGUAAGAGAUCUGGAAUUGAGUGAGCGGUAUUUCGAAUGGCUCAGUGUUGCUGGAGACAAGCAUAAAUUCGCUUUGGUUGGGGCGAGCAAUGAAGCACGCAAGUGCAAGGAUAUCCUUACUCAAGCUCAUAUCUACGUCAAUCGAGCCAAAUUAGCUGAUGAUGAGGAACGUGCUCAUCGUGAACGAACUAAAGAAAGCGUCAAUCAAGCGACGUUGAAAAGAAAGCAAAAGGAGCAAGAGAGAAUCGCUGCGGCAGAAGCCAGACAGCGUGCGCUCGAAGUAAAACGAAACGAGUAUCGAGAAAAAACUGGUGCCGUCUUGGAGAAAGUCUACAAGCCAUCCGAAAAGUUCAAGGACAGCACGCCGAAACCGAAGGGCUCGAAAAAGCAACGUCGACGAAACGAAGGCGACGAUGGUCUCAUUAAUGACAACGAAUCUGAUGCUGAGGCCGGAUCUGCCCUUCGAGGAAGAAAGAAGAAGAAGAAACAACGAGACUCGGAUGAUGAGCGACCAGCGCCAUCGCGUUUCAAUCCCAAGCACAAAAGUAGAGAAGUCAUCGACGACGACUCGUCUUCCGACGAGGACUUCAACGCAAAGGCCCAUGUACAACAGCAAGCGAUGCUUUCGUCAAGCAGUGACGAGGAAGCCGGCCCACCAAAGCCACAGAAAGACACCUUGGCUAGUUCAAGCGAUGAAGACGCCCCUCCAGCGCCAUCGAACAAAACUGCCAUGUUGGAUAGUUCAAGUGAUGAGGAUAUGAAUUCCGAUACGGAGAAGAAGAAUACUAGCCGACCUGGAUUGGAUUCCGGUAACCGCUAA